UCAUAUCUUGGUUUUAAAUAAAGUUUUGGCAGAACGUGGGUGAUAAUUCUGGAAGGAGCUGCCCCGCUAAGGUGUCUCAACGUUCAUUUUCGGACUCUUCGUUCGACUUUUCUUCAUUUUUGUAUCGACAUUUGUUCGGCGGAGCCCCGGAAAAGAUGGCAGAAAGCGACUGGGACACAGUAACUGUCCUGAGGAAGAAGGGCCCCACCGCUGCCCAGGCCAAAUCCAAGCAGGCCAUCACUGCUGCUCAGAGACGUGGGGAGGAACUCGAGACAACCAAGAAAUGGUCUGCAGGGCAGAACAAGCAACACCUCGUGACGAAAAACACAGCCAAACUGGACAGAGAGACGGAGGAGCUUCACCACGAGCGCGUCCCGCUGGAAGUGGGGAAGGUCAUUCAGCAGGGCCGGCAGGCCAAAGGCCUGACCCAGAAAGACCUGGCCACUAAAGUAAACGAGAAGCCUCAAGUCAUCGCAGACUAUGAGAGCGGCAAAGCAAUACCAAACAACCAGGUCAUGGGGAAAAUCGAGCGAGUGAUCGGUAUGAAGCUGCGAGGGAAGGACAUUGGCCAACCGCUUGAGGCGAAACCCAAACAGAAAUGAUCACAAAGCCUCGAAAUCAGCCCCUCCUUACCAAAACCUGCCCCUGACCCUCUUCCACCCCCCACACCCCCCCUCCUCCAUAAAAUAGCUUGUUCCCUCCCCCUCUCCUUACCCGGGCUGAUCUCACCGGCGUCCUGCCCCCUGCUGGAGGACGCGGUGCCGCACUGCAGCGCAGCAGCUGCAUCCUAACAUCUGAAACACUGUUGACCACAAAUUCCUGAAUGCAUCAUCAACAUGAAGUGAAUUUCUUUACAUUUGUGUCGACUUUGGCGCGACAAACUUUCACUUUUGUCCCAGUGAUGGUAAACGCGGAACGAGGUGAAUGUGCUGUCGUGACCAAAACCAGUAAGACUAACUUGAAGUCAGAGCAUGAAAAACCAGAAGUGCUUGAAUUCAUCUUUUUUUUCUCAUACUUUUGAGACAAUGAGUUAUUACAGUGUUGUUUUAAUGCUGUGCUUUGUUUUGAUCAGAAAAAUAAUAAAGUUUCUCAGUUCAAGA